ACAGCUCUGAGAGUGCCUGCGUCAGCAUGGUGUUGCAUUGGACAUUAAAAAACAGCCAUCAAACACACUUUCACAGGUUUUUUUUUUUUUUUUUUGAGAAACACUUUUCUGGGAUUAUGCAACUAAAAGAAAUACUGAAGAAAAGUGUUUUCUGCAUGAGUCAGACUUGCUGAUGAUGCAUGUAGCAGAAUAGGCUUGGGGAGCAUCGCUAUAGCAACCGCAAACAGAAAAGCACUUCAGAGCAAUCUCAAAGAGGAAAUGUGACCUGGGCCAUUACACAUCUACAAGCCAUACAAGACAACUGGAUCACUUCUAAAGGUAAAAUUUAAGGUGAGCAGCAGAGGGCUGGUGACAGCUGCGAGCAUGUCGUGGUUCAGUUGGAACGAACCGUACUAUCGGAGCCCACGACGUGAGCCGUCUGAAGUGGUUACGGACACACUGAUGCUGGAGCUGAGCUGGCAGAUGAAGGAGGCCGAGAGGCUGCAGCGGGAGCGAGACAAUGAAUACCGACGGCUGAAGAGCGGCGUGGACUACAGCUGGCUCAUGAGCACCCCACGCAGCUCAUUUGACAUCAGUCAAGGAGAGAGACUCGGCCUUGAGGACCUGUGUAGCAAAGUACCACCAUCAUACUGUGGAUCGGUAAUACAAAGGUUCCGGCAGGUGCUGAUGGAGAAUGAGCCUGAGCUGCAGGAGGUUUCUGGACUCUUCCGCUCUGUGCUUUUGGAAACACUUGAGCGUGUUCACGAGGAGCAGGAGGCUCAGCGUCUGACCCACCAGUGGAACAACAGACGCUCCAUAAGCCUGUCGCUGAUGAGCUUCAAGUCUCGCGUGCGAAUCAACCCUUUCGGCAGCACCUUGGGACUGAAAUCAAACAGUUAUGGCUCGGAGGAAGAAGGAGUAGAUGUCAAGACUGUGUGUGGGGAUGUCGAGAAGGGCUUUGGUCAGACAACAGAGAAAGUGCAGCGUGGGUGGAGCAUGCCAGAGUUCCGACACAAGGGAAUCAAUGGGAAAGCUUGAGUGGGAUUCAGCAGGAUCUGAUCUGAUAUUCCCAGCAUCACCUUCACUUUCAGUGUAUUAUUAUUUCCAGAAGUAUGGAGGUAAGAGCUAUGUUGAUGUUGGGAAAUAAAACUAAAGUCUUAUAAGCAAAGCACCAUGAAUCAAUAAAUCUGCUACAAGGACUAUAGAUCAAAAAGGCACACUUUUCAUUUUUGACUAAAUGUGCAUAUAUGCAGUAACUCCUAAAACAGGAAAGCAGAUAUAUGUGAAGCAUUCUGAAAUAAUCAGUUGCCUAAUGUAUCUAGUGAAAUUUGGAAAAAUUGGCUUUUUAAAUGGCCCUUCUGUUUGACAAUUGAUACAAAAAACAAAACAAAACAAAACAGCAGGUCAACUUUUGUAAUAUUGCCCCAUUUUUCAAAACAGGUUGUGCUGUAUUUUGUGUGGAAAUGCUCAGAUGCUUGUGAUGUGCAAGUGUGUAAGUGAUGUUAGUCAGUGUAACUGUAGAAUGUAAAUGUAUGAAACCAAUAAAUGCUUUAAUUUUAUUGUGCUGAAAAAUAAAGAUUUAUGCACAUUU